UUUCUUGUUCCGAUUCUUCUGGCGCCACAUCUCAGGACAGUAACCGUUGGAUUAAAAGAUGAUGGGUUCUAAACCGUCGGAUGCACGCUGCACAACAAAAUUUCCUCUUCAAAAGUACCAGCCGUCUGAUAUCGUCCGUUUAAUUCCAGUAACUAUUCGAUGAGCGUCUGGUCUGACUGUGGCUCGAAUCUCUAGCAUGGAGACUAAAAACAUGGUUAUCAAACCAAUGGGUUUCUCAAGCUAUGAAGGAAGUUAUUUUAGUAUUAGAAAUCUAAAGUGGAGAUUGCGAGUGUUAAUCUGCAGGUUCCAUGGUUGGCAAUUAAUUGACUUUGCCCCGAAUGUGUCAAAACAAAACCCAACGUUAAUUCCAAUCCAACAUUCCAACUACCCUCUGCCCCGAAAUUGGAAUUUAUCUCAAUCCUAUGUGAUUUUUCCCAAAUCGUCGUCUCCAUGGGGAAAAACUGAGAGAAUCCAUAGAACAGAAACUUUCCAUUUCCAAUUUGACAAACUGCCCACAACAGAAUGUCUCGCCUAUCCAACUCCUAUCUUUUAACUUACAACUCUCUCCAAGCUUUUGGCUGGACGAUUUCUCUUUAUAGACUCGUGGGCAGUUUUGCAGCCACCAAAUCUACUAUUGGUGCUUACUCUUCGGUGGGAGAACUUAUCUGUUUCCUGCAAACUGCUGCAUUCUUGGAAAUCAUUCAUGGAGCUGUUGGCCUGGUUCCUACUGGAGUGCUGCUUCCUCUAAUGCAAUGGGGUGGGAGGGUUCAUUUUCUGAUUGCAGUUGUUCGUCGACUUGCAGAGGUUCAACAUUUGCCUUAUGUUUUCAUCACUUUCAUGGCUUGGAGCUUAUCAGAGGUAAUCAGAUAUUCUCAUCAUGCUUUGAAUUGCUUGGGAGUUUGCCCAUUUUGGCUUACAUAUCUUAGGUACACUGCAUUCAUUGUUCUCUAUCCUAUUGGAGUGACAAUUGGUGAAAUGUGGCUCAUGUACCAGGCAAUUCCAUUUAUGAUAAAGAAGAACCUCUAUGCAGAUGUCUUUGCUUACCUUCCCUUGAGCUAUUACAAUACCAUCAGGGUUCUGCUUCUUGUCUACCCAUUCUUUUUCUUGAAACUAUACCUGCAUCUGUUCAAGCAGAGAAGGUCAAAAUUGGGCAAGCAGCACCAGAAGAAGAGAAACUAAAGGCUACGCCAAUCUGGGAUAAUCUCCAAUCAGCAAUCUAUUCUUAGAAGUUUGAAUAAUUUAGACAGUUAACGAGCACGCUUAGGUUCCAUUGAUUUGUAAACAUUCAUAGCAUCAUAACAUACAUGUUAUUCAUCAGAUGGUGAAUCUGAAUCAUUAUUAUCUAGUGCUAGCCAGUUAGUUUGCAGAUAAACAGAGAAAAGGUUUAAUGUUUGGGUUCAACGAGGCUUGUUAGUUUCUAGUGCCAAAAAUGCUUAUUUGACUGCCUACUCUUUUUCCUCUUCACAACAGAUACCAGAAAAGCUCAAUCUAGAUUGAGGGAGACCCUCGGUCUAGAAUGAUUAUUUCAGUGACAAGAAAUAAUGGAGGAGAAGCAGCAGCAUAUAAAUUUAUGAGCCAGACAUGUUAUUUUU